UAGCAAAAGGACAGAAAAUCGAAAAAGUCCACCUGGAAGUUUUGCCUUGACUUGACCCAUCCUGUGGAAGAUGGAAUCUUUGAUUCUGGGAAUUUUGAACAGUUCCUAAAGGAGAAGGUUAAGGUCAAUGGAAAAACUGGAAACUUGGGCAACACCGUUCACAUUGAACGUCUGAAGAACAAGAUCACAGUAACAUCCGAGAAGCAGUUUUCUAAAAGGUACCUGAAAUACCUCACAAAGAAGUACCUCAAGAAGAACAACCUGCGUGACUGGCUUCGUGUCGUUGCAUCUGACAAGGAGACGUACGAGCUACGCUACUUCCAAAUCAGUCAGGAUGAGGAAGGGUCAGAGUCUGAGGAAUAACUGAAGCUCUGCUUCAUACUCAGUGCAGUGUACAAAAGACUAGACCAUCUAUUUAUAAGAACACUUAACUUAUUGGUGAAUAAAGAUUUUGUACCCUGUUUGACAGAG